AUGAUAGAGGGCAUCGCAGAAAAAUAUACUCAGCUAUUAAUUGCUAAUUAUUUGAAAUCACACAAGUUAGAUGAAACGUUGGCAUCGUUUCUAAAAGAGACUUCAUUAUCUAACACCAAUCUAUUAGCCCAGGAUAGUUUAUAUUCCUUUAAAGAUGAAAAUCUGAUCACUAUCAUUAAAGAACGGAUUGAAUAUAACGAAUAUAAUUUAGCAGAACAAAUACAGUCUUUAAAAUUAAAUAAUGAAAAUGAUUCUCAGGUAAAAUUUAAAUUAGAAUCUUCAAACAUUAAACAGUGGAACCAUAAUUUAAAAUGGUCAAUAAUAAACAGAGUCAAUUCAGACUCUUUGAUACUUGUCUCUAAGUUUGUCAACAAAGGCCAUAAUAUUGCGUUAUCUUUAUCAAACAAAAAAGUUAUAAUAUAUGAUAGAUUGUUGAAUGAAAUAAAGGAGCAAAUUCAGUUGAAAACUGUAGUCAAAACACUAGGAUCUAUAAGUUCCAAAUCAUUUAAUGCUAUUAAUUAUAUAUGUACAAUGGAUGGUACAUUGCAAAUAUUUAUUAGUUACAAACAUUUUGGACAAUACUUUUACAAGUUACAUCAACGGAUGAUAACACAUAUUGAUUUUCUUCCCACAUUUAAAAAUAGUCAAUAUAGUAAAAAUAAAGAUAACAUAAUCGAGGAAUAUGUCAUCGUAUCUACAGAUUUAGAUCAAUUACUUAAGGUUUCUUCAUUAACUAUAGAGAAAGUAUCCACACAAAAUAAAAACCACAAUUUUAUCGUACAGAUCAAAGAAAUAGAUUCAUUAAAAUUACAAUCUAAUUGUACCUCUUUAAAAUGUUGUGCCAAGGAAUCUGAGUUGUCAAUCUUUUUAGCAAGAAAUGAUUUCACGAACAUUUCAUGUUAUUCCUUGAAUCCUAAAACAUCAAAAUUGUAUAUUAAAUAUUAUCUAGCAUUAAACAAUACACAAUUCUCUACUCAUUCAUUUAUUAUUCGAGAUAUUGAUAUCAUUAAUAAUGAAAUCCUCGCCGUUGCAACAUCACAUAUGCCUUAUAUGAGAGUCAUUUUAGUAGAAAUACCAAGUAAUAAGGAAAGUAGUAAGAAUUCAGAAACAUGUUCAGAGUUAUCCAAUAUCAAAACAUAUUAUGAUAAAAUUCUAUCUAAUAUAGCAACUCAGAUAUCGAACAAUAAUUUGUCACAACCAAUAAUUAAAUAUUGUCCAAUCAUUAAUGGUUUAUUAAUCGGGAACGAUGAUGGGUUAUUUGCGAUGGAUCUAAUAAAAUCCGAAUCUUGGUCAUUACAAAAAAUGUUGCAAGUUUCUGUCAAGACAACUGUAAAACAUAUUGAUAUUUUGAAUGAUGGUGAAUACAUUUUACUCACAUUCUCAAAUAAAUCAAUCUGUCUUUAUAACGUCCAGUAG